AUGUCACAACAACAAACUAAAAAGAAGAAGGAAAGUAAACAAGAAAAGAAGCAAGAACAAGAUCCUGUAACAACAGCAACAAUAACUCCAACAACAACAACAACAACAAAUAAUAAUAACACAACAACAACAACUUCAUCAUCUCCUAAACAAGGACCACAACAAGCAACUCCAAAACCUUCAUCAACACUUGUAAAUGUUUCAUCAAGCUUGAGAAAGAGAUAUAAAAUCUUGAAAAAUCUUCCUAAUUUUUCAGUUUCAUUUAGUGACAAGAUUGCAUUCACUGUUGGUGUUCUUCUUCUUGUUAGUACAACCUAUCUUUUUGGACAUUCUCCAAAAUAUUUACCUAUUUGGUACAUUUUGUGGAUGAUUCCUUUGAUGAUUUAUCGUUUCAUUGAUUUCCACUCUCAACAUGCUCACUAUUUUAUGAUUGAUUUCUGUUAUAUGGGAAAUUUGGCAUUAAUGUUCUUCUUAUUCUUCUUCCCAACUAGUCCUCAUUUGUUUGUUUUAACAUUUGCUAAUAAUUGUGGACCUAUCUUAUUGGCAAUUGUUUUUUGGAGAAAUUCACUUGUUUUCCAUGAUUUUGAUAAGUUAACUUCUGCAUUUAUUCAUACAUUCCCUCCACUUAUUUCAUUUGCAAUUAGAUGGUAUCCUGAACAAUUCCCUGAAUAUUCUGUCUGUAUUAGAGAAAAUUGUGAAGUUACAUGGUUUGAAGUAAUAGUUCCUCAUCUUCUCUUCUUCUUAUUCUGGCAAAUUUCAUAUUUUAUCAAAACUGAACAUAUUGAUAGAAAUAUCUUGAAGGAAAGAUCUCAUGUCAUUACAAGUUUCAGAUGGAUUACAGAAAUGGAUAAAAAAUCAAAGUCUUACAAGCUUGGACAAAAAUUCUCAGCAACCACCAGAUUAUUUGCUUUUAUGGCAUUCCAAUUAUUCUAUCAUAGUUUAACUGUUUUACCUGUAAUUUUCAUGUUUAGAUAUAUUUAUUUCCAUGCAUUCUGUCUUGUUGCUAUUUAUAUUGUUAUGGUUCACAAUGGUAGUACUUUUUACUUUGAAAAGUUUGUAAAGAUGGUAGCAGAACAGCAAAAACAAGCUACACAACAGAUGGCACACCCACCACAAACAAACCAAAAGCAAUAA